AUGGCUAAAAUAAAAGAGAUUGAUGAUGGCGAGUCAUCAGACUUAUCAGAGCUAUCUAGUAACGAUGAAGCUUUGGCUGAAGAAGUCGAAUCAGAUGUCGAAGGUAGCGAUGCUGGCGAAUCCAGUGCAAAUGAAGCAGCUAGCGACCCUGACGAAGAUGCAAUUAGUGCGAGCGAACAAGAAGCUAGCGGGGAUGAUGUCAGUGUUGUCGACGAUGACAGUGAUGAAGAAGAAAUAGAGGAGACAACUGUUAAAUCAGCCGUGUCAUCCGAUAUCAAUGAAGACGACGAUGAGGAAGUUGAGGACGACGAGGAUGAAGAUGAAGACGAAUCCGAAGGAAAUCUCGAGGCAGAAUCAGAUGAAGAUGUUGAAAUUGAAGAAGACGAAGAGGAUGAUGAAGAAUUUGAAGAUGACGAGGUGCCAGAACUUGAAUCUAAAACAACUCGCAAACGAGGCGCCCAGAGUUCGAUUAGCACGUCAUCCACUAGCAAAUCAAAGCCCACAAAGCUGGUCCUCAAAUUUGAUAAAAAUAAUUCAAAAUUAAAAUCAAAAUCUGCUUCGCCGAUAACAAAUGAAACCCCGGUAUCAAGGACUACUUCUUCUCAGGGCAGGCAUUCGUCUCGUUCUCGGCAGACAAAAAAUAAGCAUGCUCAAAAUCCUAAUUCUAAUGAACUAGACCGUCCAGCUGCUCGAUCAUCCCGUAACCGAAGGCAAAUAAUAGAAGAUGACAGUGAAGAACUGCCCCCAACACCUAGUACCCUAGAUACGAACAACGACAUGUAUAUGGAUGAGGAGGAUGAGACCGGUUAUGAUAGUACAUCCACUCCUGACAUUACAAAGAUGACCGCUCGUCAGCGGGCAAGGUUUGUUUCUGAGACUCCUGAUGAUUAUCUCGAACUGCAGAUUGAGACCACUAAGAAAAAGGUGCUUACUGAAGAGGAGCUUUUGCUCCGGCGGGCAGAGCUUACAAGGCGAAGAAAAAACCUGUCCGAAAGACGACUUGAAGAAGAAAAGCAGGAUACAUUGGACAAGCUUUUAAAAAAGAGGCAGCCGAAAAGUCGAAAACUUAUCACGGACGAGACAUCAGCUUUAGAAGAUGAUAGUGAUCGGGCAGCUCCAAAUAAAAAGUCGCGUCUCAUAAAACAUCAUCCUGCUCUAACGACUUGGGUCUCGUCUAGUAAAGGCUUUACUUUGAGUUUCCCACAGGAAUGGCAGGGGCAACCAUUUGCACUGUAG